AUGUGUAGAUCGACUCCAACGUUUACUAUUUUCCCGGAACAAAGAAGUGGUGCAGUGGGAUUGUGAAAUUACCGAACACGAACCGAGUCGCUACUAAUAAUAUUGUCCGUUACUUGUCCAGGAGUUGCCCAGCCCGCCACGGUGCUUCACUAAAUUCGUGACCACCUUUCUUCUGCUACCAAUCCUGCACAGUCUGGUGGGUCAGCCCUUCCGUGUACUCCUCCUGCUUGAGGCCCAACCACGAUGGAGACCAUCCAGGAUGGGCCCGACGAACGUUGGACAAUCACGCGGGUUCAAUCGGGCGACGGUGGCAACCGAAAGGAGGAUGGCCCGGAGCAGGAGGACGAGGGCCGUACAGUGGCCCCGAGUGGCGCACAGCACAACCAACCGCAACAUCAACAUUAUUACCACCAUCACCCUCACCGACCGCAGCAGCAGCAGCAGCAGCAGCAGUUGGUAGAACACGUCGUACAUCAUCAUCCCGCGAACGCCACUCAGAGGAAGUCACGAACCAACGAACGGAGUAAAGAUCGGACGUCCGGAACCCCCAACCAACCGGACGCAGCCUCCGCCGACAGCCUUGUCGAUGAUGCCGUCGGUAGUGGCGGUGGAAGUAGUGACAAUGAUCGACGGCACCGCAAAAGCCACCCCGAGAAGCUUGUGGUGCAUCUGAUCAUUGGUUUUCGUGAUAUGUGUGUAUUUACACUAGUGCUACCGCUCGGUACUUUGUUCGUUUGUUUCGUCUCUGCUUACGUCUUCCAGCCAGAGGAAAUUCAUGAAACACACUGUCGGGUAUACAACAUCAUCCCAUCCAUUAGCGCCAUCACCGGUGUCAGUCCGCAGCGCUACCUGUGGCGGAUCUCGAUUGCGCUACACAUCGGACCACGGUUCAUUAUUGCCUUCGUUUACCGCAACUGGUACCGGGCCAUGCUGGCCAACAUCGAGGAGCCGACUCGACGCAAAAAGGUUCGCCGGAUGAUCAACGUCGUGUAUUGCCUCAAUCUGCUCGAGAUUAGUGCCCUGUGCGGCGUCACGUACAUCUCCAACAAGGAAAACUACCCGCUGCACGAGAAGGUGUUCAUUAUCUUCAUGGUCACCUCGCUGACGUACAUGCUGGUGACGCUGAAGCUGCUCCGGUUGCUCCAACCGGACGGCCCGCAGACGCCGCACGAGGAGUCAUCGCUGCGCUACAAGCAGGCCUUCUUCGCCCUCUCGAUCGCCAGCACGGUCGGCUUGAUACUGUUUUUCCUCAAACAUCGCUUCUUCUGCCAGGAUCUCGCGUUUAGCUGGUUUGCGCUGUGCGAGUACAUCGUGGCGUCGGCCAACAUGGGAUUCCAUUGCACGACGAUGCUCGACUUCCCGACCGAGGACUUGUUGAUCGCCAGAAACGCGAAACAGUACAAAAAACCCUACACCCGCAUCGGCUGGAAGCUGGAUUGAGCAGGGACCCGUAGUGCAGCAGCAGCAGCAGCUCCAGCCCAAUGGGGCCCGAUUUAAAUGGGUAGCUUCAAUUUACGUUUCCCGCACGCUUGCCACGCUCUAGCUGAAGGGCCCCCGUUUUUGGUUCUUGGAGGUACGGAGCGUUAGUGGAUGUAGGUGCAAGGUCUUUAGUCUGUCACGAAAAAUUAAUUUGCGGCAGCCCGCAGAGGUAAAGGCAGAUUGGCCGAGCGGGUUGGAAGGACUCACCGGUGCAAGAGUCCAUGUUUUGUGACUGCCGGAGUACUACACUUCCCGGUUCAGUAUGUACUAUAUGAACAUAUGUAUGACUGUGCGCAAUAGCAUAUGAAUAUACUAAAUGGACGAGCGAUCAUUUCGUAUGCUGUG